AUGACGGCUUACAUCGAAGUCGCCGCGAGCUGGCUCUUCAAAAAUGCCAAAGGUCGCGACGCAAAGGCCUUCUUCACCCAUCCUGCCUUUGCCUCUCACUCAGAGCCCACCCUGUCCAUUACAUCCCCAGACUGUGGGACAGACGGCUCAACCCUUGAGAAGGAGUACAUGCAUGGAGGUCAGGGCCGCUUCCCUGAGCUGACAUGGGACUCUCAUGAAGGUGUCAAGGAGUGGCUGCUUGUAUCUGAAGAUCCGGAUGCCCCGUUGCCGACGCCUAUUUGUCAUGGAAUCUAUCUUGGUAUUCCCCCUCAAAAGACGAGUGUUGUGAACAGCGACUUCAAAGCCGUAGACGAAAAGUCUACACGUCUGGAAGGCGGCUUCUUCUAUGGCGCAAGCCGCAAUGGCAUGAUUUACAUUCCACCGCGGCCGCUUCUCAACCACGGUAUCCAUCGAUACUGGUUCGAGAUCAUUGGCCUCAGUGAGCCCCUGGAUGAAAAGCUGGUGACUUCAAAGCCGACGAGGGAGCAGGUGGCAGAGGCCAUCAACGGCAAGGUUGUCGUCUGGGGGAGAUGGAUGGGACAGUGUGAGAGAAGAUGGGAGUGA